CUACACUUGUCUCUAUUGAUUACGCUGUCAUAAGACUAUAACUUCUUCCCUACAAUACUGUAUGAUUGUUGAGUUAUAUGACUGUAUAGCGUCAAAUUGUGCUGCUGUACAGACACCUGGUUACUGACGGCGCUAAGGUACAAAUAGGCUGCCGUAGAACCACGGCCAUGCUUCGGAGCUCUAUUUGGACCAUACAUCUGCCGUAGCUUGCGCAUCUUCAAGUAUAUACACAUCUCAAAGUGAGCCAUUCAAUAUGGAAGGUCUCUUUUUCAACGUCAAUGGAGGGUACCUCGAAGGUAUCGUUCGUGGAUAUCGCAACAGUCUACUGACUAGCCAACACUAUGCGAACUUGACUCAAUGUGAUACCAUAGACGAUGUCAAGCUUCAACUUGCCCCCGCAUAUGGAGACUUCCUUGCAGCUCUACCGCCGAACCCCUCCACAUCCUCACUUGCCGCCAAAAUGACCGACAAGAUGGUUGCUGAAUUUCGAUAUGUUCAAGCUCAGGCAACAGGCUCAUUCGCCAAGUUCAUGGAAUACCUGACUUAUGGGUACAUGAUCGAUAACGUUGCAUUACUGAUUACCGGCACAUUACACGAACGAGAUACCCGUGAACUUCUUGAGCGUUGUCAUCCUCUCGGUUGGUUCGAGACUUUACCUGUUCUCUGCGUCGCAACGAAUAUCGAAGAACUUUAUAACUCGGUGCUGGUUGAAACGCCGCUUGCGCCGUAUUUCAAGGGUAGUUUGAGCCACCAGGAUUUGGAUGAAUUGAAUAUUGAGAUUGUCCGGAACACACUGUACAAGAACUACCUAGAGGACUUUUACAAUUUCAUCAACACGAAUCCGGACCUAAAGGGUACCCCGACACAGGAGGCCAUGGCCGAGAUUCUCGAGUACGAGGCUGACCGACGAGCAAUCAACAUCACUUUAAACUCAUUCGGUACUGAACUCUCCAAACAGGAACGAAAGAAACUCUACCCGGAAUUCGGGAAAUUGUACCCGGAAGGCUCGCUCAUGCUUUCUCGCGCCGAUGAUGUGGAGGGUGUUGCCCUGGCGGUCAGUGGAGUAGGGGAUUACAAGACCUUUUUCGAUGCUGUGGGAUUGUCUCAGGGAGGUGCCGGUGGGAUUGGAAACAUGGCUGGCGGGGGCAGUUCUGAUGGGAAGAGUUUGGAGGAUUUGUUUUACCAGAAGGAGAUGGAGUUGUGCAAGGUUGUCUUUACCCGCCAGUUCACUACGGCCAUUGUAUAUGCUUGGGUCAAGUUAAGGGAACAGGAAAUUCGCAAUAUCACUUGGAUCGCAGAGUGUAUUGCGCAACAUCAAAAGGAACGAAUAGGAAACUAUAUUUCUGUUUUCUAAUUCUGAUUUCCGAUUUGAUGGUUUCCCCUGUUUUACCGUUCAGUUCACCCUUUUCCGGCGUUAUGAUUCUUUUGUGUGCAAGUAAAUGUUUUGGCGACCAUGAACUUAGUUAUUUAUUUGAAGAUGAGUUUCGAAUGUUCGAUUCAUGACAAGUUUUAUCUAAAAUAUAGGACCAGCGUAUUCUUAAAAGGACAACAUCAUGUACGAUCUUGAAUCAGAUUCUCUAAAUUUCGCAAGACAAAAUCUUGCUUGAGCAUAUACUUGUACAUAACAGACGAGAUUUUUUUGUCUACAUGUAUUCUCGCUGCUUGGUUUGUGUUAUUAUUCUGAAAAAGCAAAAUGCAAUCAUGAAUGACGACCCCUGAAUACGAAACAAGAAACAAGAGAUGAAAAAAACCAGCACUUGGUUAUGAAAAUAUAGGGUUUUGGGUUUGCUUUCCUCCCGAGAUAAUCAAAGUGAAGAAAGUUGGAAGGAAAUGGAGCAUCAACACUGAUUCUAGGGAGUCAAAUAUAUGCGAUCAAACACCACCGGAGAUGACACGGCAACGGAGACAUUAGUCGUA